CCACAAGAAACUACAUCCAAACCUGGCGGUUUUGCGGGUAUUCCAUCUUUUAAUGAUGGUUUGGAGGGUGACGCAUCUACAGGUAUUGAUUAAGAAUUGUCUUGUAUUCGUUAAGCCCAGCACAAGAGAGCUGACCUAAGAGCGACGAUCUUUUAAAUUAAAGGCUGGAUUCAGUGAUCGCAGACACAGUAGGAAUUUUGCACAGGGAAAUUGUAAGUUUUGAAGGAUUAAAAAGAAAUGCUCGAUGGAAACUUACUCACUGUUAAACACUAAGUCAGUCCCCUCAAACAUUUCUUACAAAUCCAUCAGAACAUAUAGAAUUUACCCAUACAAAAUUCCUAUACUGUGAUCAAAGAAACUUUGAUGGUGUGAGCCAGCCUUAAACAACCCAUUAAAUUCAUGAGCACAUUUACUCAAUUUGUUUGAGUAAAAUUUCACAUUGACUCAAUGUUUUGAGUAAAGAUUUACUUUGGUCAAACAAAUGAAUAAAUAUGCCCAUAAAUUUGACCAAUAGGCAAUUCCAGCUUUUAGUUUAUGCGUGCAGGGGACGUUGGGAAGUAAGGUAUCACGUUGCUGAUUAUGCUUAAAAAAUAAAGGGAGUGAUAGCUUAUACUUGAAAAUAUAUUGAAAUAUUUUGGUUGUUUCGGUAGUUUUUAUUGAAAUUUUUCAGCAUAAUCACCAAUAUGAUACCUUACUUCCCAUCAUCCCCCGCAGGCAUAAACUAAAAGCUGGAAUUGCCAAUUGUACUCAAAAGGUUUAUGCAGUGAUGUUACACAUAUAGCCUGACACUUCUUUUGCUCCGUGAAAACAAGACCAACGUUUGUAAAUUUCUCAUCCUAUAGAUUUUGAGUAAUCUUGCUGACAAACACACACACACAGUUACACACCCACAGAUACAUAACCUCCAGGCUCGGGCAAUUUGUUAGAACAAUUUCAAUGAGUUGUAUCAAUAUUUUUCAGAACCCAAGGUUACUACUCCUAACCAGCCAUCGACUCAAACAGUCUCUACGCUCAACACACAGGUGAGUGUCGUGUUGUACUGGAGAGAUCAAAGACAAAACUAAAAUUGUACUGAGUAGCCUUAUCAGUUCUAAACUGAUCUCCUAGAGGUCCAGUAAAAGUCAUCUCUUAUUGAUCCAGCUGUGUCACUUCAAGACAAAGACAUAAUCGAUUGAAUAUACUAAAACUGUCUGUACCAGUGUGGGUAGUACCAAUGUGAAAAUGCUGUGCUGAAUGGUUAUAUUACUACCUCAAAAAAUAAGCAGAAACUCGACGUUUCCUCCUGUAGUAACACUGCAGAUAAAUUAGAGAUGACCCUUAUACUGGACCUCUAGGAUGAACAGUUUAGAACUGAUAGAGCUUAAUUUCCAGUAAUAAAAUAAAGUUAGUUUAGUUUUUCAUUUAUGCAUUAAAUUCUAUAGUUAAUAGUGAAUACAAAAAAUACCUUAGUUAUUUCAUAUUUUAUAGAAUUAGACAAACCAUGUUAUAUAAAUGAACUCACCAAUAAAAUUCGGAACAAAAUUGUAUUGCUGAUUGACUUUACACAACGGCUGGAAAAACACAAGUGCAUUUUAAUUGUUAGAGGAAAAAUUUUUAUCUUAUUGAUAACUGGAUCUUAAGAUGCCGGCAGGACACAUAAUAAAUACCGGAACGGUUCAAAAUUUAUAGUAAUUAAUAAACAAGAUCUACAGUAGAAGUUUAAUAAAGCUGCAGAAUUCGAACUUUUAUUAAAAAUAUAAUUAUUUUCUAGAUGCUGCAUGAAUAAUGCAUAUAUAUUUUUAUAUUAUAGUUGAAUAUGCGGUUAAAUAUAUAAAGUAUAUAUACUCUUUAUUUCGAGACAAUUUUAGUAUUAGUAUAUUACUAAAGAAUUAAGAAUAUUUUAUGUGAAAAUAUCUCUGCACUCUGUCCGUGACCCUGCAUGUAGCAAUGACCUGUGACCCAUAUUAAUAUUACUGCAUUUGUAAAUAAUAUGUAUAACGUUUUUUUAAUAUCUGGGUAUAGUUAGCGCUCGAAGCUUCGAUAAUUAUAAGGCAAAAGAGGUUUCAUUAAAAAAGACGGCUAAAAUAUAUAAUGUCUCGUCCGUCUGUUUAUUAAAAUGAUUAAAAAUUUAAAGCUGCGUUUAUGGAUUUUAAUGAAAACUUAACUUUUAAAUGAUCCAAACUAUUGUUAACCAUUUCGUUGACGUUUUAAGUCCACGUUAAUCUAAAGACAGUAGAAUAGUUUUGACUUGUGUUUGCCGUACCGUCAUUGCGAAAUAUGAAUAUCAGGAUUUUAUAUUGGAUCUUAGCGGUGUGUUUGUUGUUCACAUUGUAUCAUUUUGCUGGAACAACUGAAGCCUUUCCUUUCUCUGAUAAACCUUUACAAAACUUUACAAGUUCCUCAACGCUUGGCAGUUAUAAUGAAACAAUGAAUGCAACUUCUCGGCCUCAAGUAAGCCUAUACAAUUUACAAUACCAAAUAUUUGGGGGACGUGCAUGGUAGCAUAAUAAAUGUAUUUAUCGGGGUUUUGAUUCCUAGUAUUCCUGACUUGAUUGAUUAUAAUUUCACCUCAAUCACAUGCGAGAAGAGUACUUCCUGUUUGGCCCUGCACAGGUUUUCUCCGUGACAUUCUGCAUGGUUUCCUCCUAUAGUACAUGACCAGUAUGAGAUGGCCCACUAGAGAGAAGAGUUUAGAACUGAUAGAGCAAUCCAGUAUAAAAAAGUUAGUUCAGUUUAGGUUUCCUCCUGUAUAUAGUAAUACUGCAUGAUCAAGAAGAGAUGAUCCUUAGUCCUUACUGGAUCUCCAGAGAAAACAGUUUAGACUAACUGCUAAAGCAAUCCAGCAUAAAAAGUUAGUUUAGUUUAGGUUUCCUCCUGUACUAACACUAGUCAGAUCCAGUAAGAGAUGACCUUUACUGCAUACAUGGACCUCUAUUUAGAACUGAUAGAGUUAUCCAGUAUAAAAUAAAAUUAGUUUAGAUUUCCUCCUGUAGCUGGAUCAAUAAGAGAUGAUCCUUAUACUGGACCUCUAGAGAAAACAAUUUAUUGUCUAUGAUGUAACUGAUAAAGCAAUCCAGUAUAAAUGAGGUUGGUUUAGUUUAGGUUUCCUCCUAUAGUAACACUAGAUCAAUAAGAGAUGACCUUCCAUCGAAAAACUUUUUCGUAUCUCUGAGGAUGGUUCUCUUUAGAGAUCCAGCAAAGGUCAUCUCUUGUUGAUCAUUAGGGUUACUAUAGGAGGAAACCUAAACUAAACCAACCUCAUUUACACUGGAUUGCUUUAUCAGUUCUAUUGGCGGAAAAACCAGUUUCAUAUUAUUAUUUAGAUUUUAGAAUAAUAUGAAACUGGUUUUUCUAAAGAGAACAGUUUAUAACUUAUAAAGCAAUUCAAUAUAAAUAAAGUUAGUUUAGUGUAAGAUUUUUGAUUUGUGUUCCUCCUAUAUAGAGGUACAUAUAUGAGUAACACUGGGCAAUACGCCACAUUCUGUAAGAAAUUAACCUACAGUGUUUGGUACAGUCAAACUGGAAUCACUUUGCAUCUUGGUCACAUGUGACUACUGAGAUGGAAAUAUAAUAAGGCCUAUAUUGCAAGAAUUGAACCCCGGAAACAGAGAUGAAAGACAUGCACGUGUACUAACCACUGUGCUGCAAGAUCAUAUUUUUUUAUGUAAACAGCCACAAGAAACUACAUCCAAACCUGGCGGUUUUGCGGGUAUUCCAUCUUUUAAUGAUGGUUUGGAGGGUGACGCAUCUACAGGUAUUGAUUAAGAAUUGUCUUGUAUUCGUUAAGCCCAGCACAAGAGAGCUGACCUAAGAGCGACGAUCUUUUAAAUUAAAGGCUGGAUUCAGUGAUCGCAGACACAGUAGGAAUUUUGCACAGGGAAAUUGUAAGUUUUGAAGGAUUAAAAAGAAAUGCUCGAUGGAAACUUACUCACUGUUAAACACUAAGUCAGUCCCCUCAAACAUUUCUUACAAAUCCAUCGGAACAUAUAGAAUUUACCCAUACAAAAUUCCUAUACUGUGAUCAAAGAAACUUUGAUGGUGUGAGCCAGCUUUAAACAACCCAUUAAAUUCAUGAGCACAUUUACUCAAUUUGUUUGAGUAAAAUUUCACAUUGACUCAAUGUUUUGAGUAAAGAUUAACUUUGGUCAAACAAAUGAAUAAAUAUGCCCAUAAAUUUGACCAAUAGGCAAUUCCAGCUUUUAGUUUAUGCGUGCAGGGGACGUUGGGAAGUAAGGUAUCACGUUGCUGAUUAUGCUUAAAAAAUAAAGGGAGUGAUAGCUUAUACUUGAAAAUAUAUUGAAAUAUUUUGGUUGUUUCGGUAGUUUUUAUUGAAAUUUUUCAGCAUAAUCACCAAUAUGAUACCUUACUUCCCAUCAUCCCCCGCAGGCAUAAACUAAAAGCUGGAAUUGCCAAUUGUACUCAAAAGGUUUAUGCAGUGAUGUUACACAUAUAGCCUGACACUUCUUUUGCUCCGUGAAAACAAGACCAACGUUUGUAAAUUUCUCAUCCUAUAGAUUUUGAGUAAUCUUGCUGACAAACACACACACACAGUUACACACCCACAGAUACAUAACCUCCAGGCUCGGGCAAUUUGUUAGAACAAUUUCAAUGAGUUGUAUCAAUAUUUUUCAGAACCCAAGGUUACUACUCCUAACCAGCCAUCGACUCAAACAGUCUCUACGCUCAACACACAGGUGAGUGUCGUGUUGUACUGGAGAGAUCAAAGACAAAACUAAAAUUGUACUGGGUAGCCUUAUCAGUUCUAAACUGAUCUCCUAGAGGUCCAGUAAAAGUCAUCUCUUAUUGAUCCAGCUGUGUCACUUCAAGACAAAGACAUAAUCGAUUGAAUAUACUAAAACUGUCUGUACCAGUGUGGGUAGUACCAAUGUGAAAAUGCUGUGCUGAAUGGUUAUAUUACUACCUUAAAAAAUAAGCAGAAACUCGACUUUUCGACGCCUUCGCUCGAAACGUCGAGUUUCUGCUUAUUUUUAAGGUAGUAAUAAAACCACUCAGCACAGCAUAAUCGAUUGAACUAACUUUAUUUAUUUUGGAUAGCUCUAUCAGGUUUAAUUUGAACUGUUCUUUCCAGAGGUACUACAAGACGAAACGUAACUAAACUAAUUUUAUCUGAAUGUGCAGUAAGGAUCGUCUCUAAUUGAUCCUGUGUUACUGCAAGAGUAAACCUAAACUAGAUUAGCUUAUUUAACUUUAUUUGUUACUGAAUACCUUUAUUAGUUCCAAACUAUUCCACCUUAAGAGUCAUUAUCGUCUUAUUGAUCCAGUGUUACCACAGGAGUAAACCUAAACUAGACAACUUUAUUUAUACUGGAUGACUGUAUUAUUUGUAAACUGUUCUCUCUAUAAGUCCAGUAAAGGCCAUCACUUAUUUAUCCAGUGUUAUUACAGGAGGAAACCUAAACUAAACUAACUUUAUUUAUACUGGAUAGCUCUAUCAGUUUUAAAUUUCCAACUAUAGAGAUCCAAUGAGGGUCCUCUCUUUGUAUUUCAGUGUAUAUAUACUGGAUGGCUUUAUCAGUUCUAAAGAGUUCUCAGGAGAACUACUACAGGAGGAAAUUUAAACUAAGCUUUACUUUAUAGGUUUCCUCCUGUGGUAACACUGAUCUAGAAAGGGAUGACCCUUGUAUAUACUGGACGUCUAGGGAAACCUUUUUAUUAAACUAACUUAUUUGCAUGGACAGCUUUGUCAGUUGUACACUGUUGUCCAUGAAGAUUUGAUAAGGGCUUUCCCUUAUCAGCUCAGUGAAUGGACAGCUUUAUCAGUUCUAUAAAGUUUCUGUUGGUACAGGAGGAAACUGGAGUUGCUACAGAAGAUCUGAGGUUACCAUAUGUCUUUUGCAUUUUUUUAUCCUCGUGAAAUGUUCAGAACACAAAAGGCAAAGCAAAGAUACCAAAGACUGUAGUGAGAACCAAUGUUGGAACUACAGCGGGAACUGCGACAACCAUGACACCAGCCCAAGCUGAGUGGAAUGGAUCUUUUCUUAUCACCAUGGCCAUUUCUGGAACUUUUGUGGGUCUUGUCUUGGUUGCCAUUGGCUGUGGCUGUUGUCUGCGUUGUGGAAGAACAAGGUUGGAUAGUAUUCAUUCACCAUCUCUCCGCGAAAUGGACAGGGCUGGGAAUUUUCAGCCUUCCCUUCCCCCCCCCCCUCUCAACGAUUUUCAUGAUACUGACCGCAUCUGCUCAUUUGUGCUUGGUUUGCGAAUUUGGUGCACCAGUACUAAAAAUAAAUACUAAUAGUUGCUUGUUCAGCUGGCUGUAUAUUUUCAUUGCAUGAAAUGUGUUUCUCCGGCUACGUGACACUGCCAUUGGCUUGACCAAUAUUAUCAGACUAUUAGUUUUGAAAGGUUAAACAUUAUUCUUGGGCUUCCGCAGUGUCACAGUUUUGAUUAAGCGUGCAUGCCUGCGUUACUUUCAAAGCAGAGUAACACUCGGCUUGACCGAUGCAUUUUGUGUAAUUGUUCUUUUACAAUAUGAUAAUCAUCGGCAAAAAUCUUCGCCAAUUUUUUAGUUGGACAUGUGUUUCACAGAAAUAUAUCUGCCCAUCAUCAAGCAAUAUACAUAUGGUUACUAUUACCAAAAUUAUUGUUAGAAAUAGCUGGAAAUGUACUUUCCGAGCUCGUAAAUUUUCAAAAUUCUUGGACUUCAUCUCAACAGCAGCCUCCAAUCGUAAAAUGCUAAAAUUGAUCGCAGUCCCUGACCUCUUUACACUAACUUCAAUUCUACUGGAUACAUCUAUCAAUUCUAACCUUUACUCCUUGGAGACAGCGAGUUUUAAGAAAUAUAGAGCUAGAACUGCACACACAGGAAUGUUACGAACAAACAUGCAUUUUAUAUUUUUGUUAGCUGGGUAACUGUAUCUGUGUUUUAAGAACUGGGCAGAUGGGUUUAGAACUGCACCCUGCUUGGAAAAGCCCUGCAUGAUUAGAGACUGAACAAGUGUCAUCUUUAAUUGAUCCACUGCUACUAGAAGAAGAAACUUUAGCUAAACUAACUCAAUUUAUGAUGGAUCAGUUGAUCAGUUCCAAUACGUUUUACAUGAAGGUCAAUGCAUUAAAGCCUGCUCUUAUUGGUCCAGUUUUACACCACGAAGAAAUUUACCUGGAAAACAUAUCCCCAACCAAAAUAUAUUAUUUUCAAUUUUUAGACGUAGCUUUGAAGAAGGACGUUCUAACAGCAGUACCAUUGGUGAGAUAUGUCCAUUAUUGUUUUAGUGCUAACCUAUAGUUGUCUUGGUGGAAAAGAUAACAUAUAUCCAAAGGAUAUAUCCUAGAAUUCAACUAUAUUGUUGAAAAUCAAGAUUUGGUGUUUUUCUGUUACAGUGACCGUUGUGAACCAUCAAGAAAUUUAUCUGGAACCAGUUCAGUCCAAUUCAACAAGGUCACUAACUGCAGAUACGAUAUGUCAUGAAAGUAACGCUCAUUCGAAUCAUUCUAACACAGCAGUUGUGAAAACCUAG